GUAUCAGAAUUAUCAGAGUCGGAUAGAAUUUCUGUUAGCUUUAUACUUAUCCACAGUAAAUACUCUGUUUGCUAUAUCUAUAAAUACAGGGCUUCUGUUUUGCAUCUACACAUCAGAAUAUCAUAUCAAAAUAUAUCAAUUAAAAACAGAGUUUUCUCAUUUAGUUACAAAGAAAAUAUGAAGAUGGAGAUUGAUUUAUCACCCAGAUUGGCAAAGAAAGUGUAUGGAGGAGAUGGUGGAUCGUACCAUGCUUGGUGUCCUUCAGAACUAGCAAUGCUACGUGAAGGUAAUAUUGGUGCAGCCAAACUUGCUCUUGAAAAGGAUGGCUUUGCUCUUCCUCGAUACUCUGAUUCAGCUAAAGUGGCUUAUGUUCUUCAAGGUAAUGGUGUUGCUGGAAUUGUCCUCCCUGAGAAGGAAGAGAAAGUGAUUGCAAUAAAAAAGGGUGAUGCCGUAGCCCUUCCUUUUGGUGUUGUUACUUGGUGGUAUAACAAGGAAGACACUGAAUUGGUUGUUCUGUUCAUGGGAGAUACUGCAAAAGGACACAAGGCUGGUGAAUUUACUGAUUUCUUUUUGACUGGAACUAAUGGUAUUUUCACUGGUUUCUCUUCUGAAUUUGUUGGCAGAGCUUGGGAUCUGGAUGAGAAAACUGUGGGUACCCUUGUUAAUAACCAAUCAGGCAAAGGUAUUGUUAAGCUUGCUGCAUCAUUUAAGAUGCCUGAACCCAAAAAGGAACACCGCAACGGUAUGGUGUACAACUGUGAGGAAGCACCAUUAGAUGUUGACAUUAAAAAUGGUGGAAGGGUUGUGGUCUUGAACACCAAAAAUCUACCUUUGGUUGCUGAGGUUGGCCUUGGUGCUGAUCUUGUUAGAUUGGAUGGAGGUGCUAUGUGCUCUCCUGGAUUUUCUUGUGACUCUGCUCUGCAAGUUACUUAUAUUGUUAGGGGCAGUGGCCGUGUUCAGGUUGUUGGUGUUGAUGGCCGCAGAGUCCUGGAAACUACUGUGAAGGCUGGUAAUCUGUUCAUUGUUCCAAGGUUUUAUGUUGUUUCAAAGAUUUGUGAUCCUGAUGGUAUGGAUUGGUUCUCUAUCAUCACUACUCCCAACCCUAUUUUCACCCAUUUGGCUGGUAGAACUUCUGUGUGGAAGGCAUUAUCACCUCAGGUGCUCGAGGCAUCAUUCAAGGUGUCUCCUGAAGUGGAGAAGCAUUUUCGUUCAAAGAGAAUGUCUGAUGAGAUUUUCUUCCCACCGCCAAACUGAGGAAUCUCCACCCACCACCACCAGUUGAGGAACCACCACCAAACUUGAGGAAGUAGUAGCUAGCUAGGGUUACUUUUCAUCUAGUCUCGUUUAGUUUUGUUUUUUUCUUUUCUUUUCCCAAUAAAGAGCUAUUAGAGGAUCUCUAGAGAAUCUAAAACUCUUCCAUAAUCUCCCUUCCACCUGUGGAUAUGGUCUUUUUCUUUUCUUUUUUUUUUUUUUUUAAUUUCAAUGAAUAUCGUGGUUUCUUUCUGCAUUUUUCAGUUAAUUAAUUAUAUUUUCUUUA